ANUCGCCACUAUCCGAAAUGUUACUAUCUAAACGCAUAUUUGUUUCAGAUAAACUAUCUUUAUCUGAUUCUACAAUUUUGCCAGUACUCGUAGAACAGGAUUGUACAUUAUUUGUAUUUUCUUCAUCGAUAGUUAUAUGUACAAUUUGGUUUUCUACAUUACUUAUACCGUUUCCACCAAGAUUAUUUACAACUCUUUCAGUUUAAUAAGCGUUUCUGCAUAUUUCCUUGGAAUCGUCUAAACCUAGUGGUUUUCUUGUAAACGUGAAAUUAUCUAUUUUCAAUCGGGUUCUUGGGUUUAAGUAUUCACGUACCUCCGGUUUCGAUUGUAGUUUCUUGUUUUCUGGUGUACGGUAAUAUAUAUCAAUUGCAUUUCCAUUGGUCCUAUGUACUACUUCUCUUUUCCAGCCAAAAUCAAAUGGCCUAUUUAACUUGGGAUCCAUUGACUAUAGAAAGGCUGUAUAGAAUUCUUCUUUCAGAUAGUCUAUUGUCAUAUUAGCGGAAAGAUUGAUUUUCCUACUCUCCUAUUUCUCAUCAAUUUUAAAGUCCCAUCUCGAUCCACUCGCGUCUAUAAAUUUCCUCGAAAAUUCCCCUAUCAAGCGUUUAAUGCGGACCGCAAAUAACAACCUCUUCUUUGUUUGAAAAUUAAAAUUAUAAAUAAUUAUGAUAUAUAUUUCUUCUUAAUUCCUUUUUCCUUUAUAUAUUGGUUUUUCGUUAUCAUCUUAUCUUGUUUUAUUUUUAUAUAUUCUAUAAACUUUUCUACUUUCGUUAUUUUUAUUUUUUUAUUUGUUUGUUCAACUUGUCACCUAAUUAUAAGUUAAAUCAAUACUCAUCAUUUGUAAUUGGACCUAGGUGUCUGUAAUAUAUAAUAAAUAAAUAAUUUCAUUAAACACCGUUGUAUAUUAUCUAUAUGGCACAUUGUGUUUCGAAUGCAAAUCAGGUUUCCGGCGCGAAACCCAGAGAGGAAGUCGUCAUCGAUGGUGUGUGUUCAAUGGAUCCCAGGUCCAAAAAGCCAAUGGAUCCCAAGUUAAAUAGGCCAUUUGAUUUUGGCUGGAAAAGAGAAGUAGUACAUAGGACCAAUGGAAAUGCAAUUGAUAUAUAUUACCGUACACCAGAUAAAAAGAAACUAAGAUCGAAACCGGAAGUAUGUGAAUAUUUAAAGCAAAGAACGCGACUGAAAAUAGAGAAUUUCAUGUUUAAAAGAAAACCACUAGGUUUAGACGAUUCCAAGGAAAUAUGCAGAAACGCUUAUUAAACUGAAAGAGCUGAAAAUAAUCGUAGUGGAAAUGGUAUAAAUAAUGUAGAAAACCAAAUUGUACAUAUAACUAUUGAUGAAGAAAAUACAAAUAAUGUACAAUCCUGUUCUACGAGUACUGGCAAAAUUGUAGAAUCAGAUAAAGAUAGUUUAUCUGAAACAAAUAUGCGUUUAGAUAGUAACAUUUCGGAUAGUGGCGANUUGAAAAUAGAUAAUUUCACGUUUACAAGAAAACCACUAGGUUUAGACGAUUCCAAGGAAAUAUGCAGAAACGCUUAUUAAACUGAAAGAGUUGUAAAUAAUCUUGGUGGAAACGGUAUAAGUAAUGUAGAAAACCAAAUUGUACAUAUAACUAUCGAUGAAGAAAAUACAAAUAAUGUACAAUCCUGUUCUACGAGUACUGGCAAAAUUGUAGAAUCAGAUAAAGAUAGUUUAUCUGAAACAAAUAUGCCUUUAGAUAGUGAAGGUCGGCGAUUUCAGUUUAAAAAGAGAACAGACGAAGAAAACCAAGCUAAAUUAGCCUUUGUUAAUGAUAUAAUAAAUGAUGAGAAUUUCACUACAGUUUUAUUUAGAUAAUAAAACUGUGUCAAAUGAUGGGACCAAAGAAGACCUCCCAAGUGCUAAAUCGCUUCAUAAAGAAUUACAUUAUUUAGACGAUGAAAAAUAUGUAAAUGAAGCAAAUGAACUUAACAAUAGUUCAUUCAAGGCAACCAAAUAAUCUGAUUUGUCACUUGUGUCACAUGUUAUGCAUGAUCGAAAUUACCCGAUUUAUAUAUGUACGGAACUUGUGGAUAACACAAUAGUCUUAUUUUUUUUCACUUGAUUACCAACAUUAACUUGGAGUUCUUCAUGAUGUCUUUCCUUCUUCAACAGUUCUAUAGUUGUUUCACCAACAGCAGGUUUUAAUGUCUUCAAAUUGGAUGUAUUGGUCUAAAUUAAAGUA